GAGCAGCAGGAUCUCCAGUUGGAGACCCCUCGUCCUCUGGCGUGUCAUCACGAGGCCUCCGUAUUACAACAGGCAUCUUACGACGACGAGGGCGGUGGUUGGGAGCAUCGGGAGGGGGCGAGGCAGGAGCAGGAGAGCCAGUGGUGGAUUCCGAAGGAGAGCAGGGAGCACCAGACUCCAGAGCAGACCGAGCAGGAGAAGUAG